CUCUUUCUCUCCUUUCCCCUCUCUUUCCUCCCUUCCUGUCUCCAUCUGUCUCCCUCCCUCUCUCCUUCCCUCCAUCUCUCUCUGUCUCUCCCAGGGAGGUGCGUGAGUAUGACAACGGCUCGGUGUGUGUGGAGUGUGAUGCCCAGUGUGAGAGAGCAGAUGGUGAAUCCCUGACCUGUCAUGGCCCGGGUCCGGAUCACUGUGUGAAGUGUCUCCACUUUAAAGAUGGUCCUAACUGUGUGGAGAAGUGUCCCGACGGCCUUCAAGGGGCCAACAGCUUCAUCUUUAAAUAUGCCGAGGCCAACAACGAGUGUCAUCCCUGUCACUCCAACUGCACUCAGGGGUGUAUUGGACCCAGACUGCAGGACUGUAUUGGCAUGAUGGACAGGACUCCCCUGAUUGCAGCCGGGGUGAUAGGUGGCCUCUUCGUGGUGGUCAUCGUGGCUCUGAGCGGAGCCGUGUCCGUCCGCAGGAAGAGCAUCAAGAAGAAGAGAGCCCUGCGACGCUUCCUAGAGACAGAGCUGGUGGAGCCACUAACACCUAGUGGUACAGCCCCUAACCAGGCCCAGCUCCGCAUCCUCAAAGAGACUGAACUCAAGAGGGUCAAGAUACUGGGCUCGGGGGCCUUCGGCACCGUCUACAAGGGUAUCUGGGUCCCGGAGGGCGAAACUGUGAAGAUCCCAGUGGCCAUCAAGAUCCUGAACGAGGCAACGGGACCGAAGGCCAACGUGGAGUUCAUGGACGAGGCUCUGAUUAUGGCCAGCAUGGAACACCCUCACCUGGUCCGUCUCCUGGGGGUCUGCCUGAGCCCAACCAUCCAGCUGGUCACCCAGCUCAUGCCCCAUGGCUGCCUGCUUGAUUACGUCCACGAACACAAGGACAACAUCGGCUCCCAGCUGCUGCUCAACUGGUGUGUCCAGAUCGCCAAGGUAAGACUCACCUGUUAUUCUCAAAUCUUGAGUGGUGUCCAGAGCAUCCAGGCCUGGGAAGAAGGAAGUGGCAGCAAAGGGGGCUGCUGCCUCCUGGCCCAGCAGCUGAUCCACAUGGCGUCGGUGCACCUGACCGUUAGGUGUCCGAGUCCUUGUAUGUGUGUUUUGCAGGGUAUGAUGUACCUGGAGGAGAGGAGACUGGUGCACAGAGACCUAGCAGCCCGUAAUGUGCUGGUCAAGUCCCCCAACCACAUCAAGAUCACUGACUUUGGUCUGGCUCGGCUGCUGGACAUCAAUGAGAAGGAGUACAAUGCUGACGGGGGCAAGAUGCCAAUCAAGUGGAUGGCCUUGGAGUGUAUUCACUACAGGAAGUUUACCCACCAGAGUGACGUGUGGAGCUAUGGGGUGACAAUUUGGGAACUGAUGAUGUUCGGCGGGAAGCCCUAUGAUGGCAUUCCGACCCGGGACAUCCCAGACCUGUUGGAGAAGGGAGAGCGUCUUCCCCAACCUCCCAUCUGCACCAUAGAUGUAUACAUGGUCAUGGUCAAAUGUUGGAUGAUAGACGCAGACAGCAGGCCCAAGUUCAAGGAGCUGGCUGCAGAGUUCUGUAGGAUGGCCCGGGACCCCCAGCGUUACCUGGUCAUCCAGGGCGAUGACCGUAUGAAGCUGCCCAGCCCCAACGACAGUACGUUCUUCCAGAGCCUGCUGGAUGAGGAGGAGCUGGAGGAUCUGAUGGAUGCUGAGAAGUACCUGGUCCCUCACUCCUUUAAUAUCCCACCGCUGGCAUACACACCCAGGACACACGUUGAUUCCAACAGGAACCAGUUUGUGUACCAAGACCCUAGUUUCGAUAUGGAGGACAUGUUGGGGACCAUCCCGCGGGUGCUGUCCCUGUCCCCAGGGGACCAGUCUGCAGGGGGGCAGGGCGGUAGCGGCCAGGAGCACCAACGCUUCGAGGACCAGCGCUGUAACGGCACACUGAGGAAGCAGGCAACUCCCCGGCCCGCGGGACCUCCUGGUUCAGACGGAGCACCAGCCUCAGGUCCAGUGGAGAGCAGCACUGGACAGCGCUACAGUGCAGACCCAACCAUCAUGCUGGGGGAGAGAGGAGCUAGAGGAGACACCGACCAGGAUGGAUACCUGACCGCCAUGAGGGAGAAGGCCACCUCAGACUAUCUCAACCCUGUGGAGGAGAACCCAUUCGUGAGUCGUCUGAGGAAUGGAGCUGCCCUAACCCUGGACAGCUGUAACCCCUAUCAGGUGGCUCCCAGCGGCCCCCAACAGGCAGGCUCUGGCCCCAGAGUGGAGGACGAAUACGUCAACGAGCCCCUCUACCUCAACACCUUCCACAACCCCGGAGUUGGAGACUACAGUGACUACACCCUGAAGAAGAAUGGGUUCACUGGGGGACACAACCCUGCCCUCGCCACCCUGGUAAGCCAACCAGGCGCCACUGGCCUCACCGCUGGUCAAUCAGGCACCUCCCAGGCAGGAAACCCUGGUCACAGCGUCCAGGCAGCCCACGCCCAUGGAGUCUCUGCACAACCAGGAUACUCUGUUCCUCCAGGCCUCGGUACAGCCGGCACCCACCCAGGCCACCCCUCCCACCUAGCCCACCCCGGGUAUACCCUUCACCCCGGCCUCACAGGCACCAUCAUGUUGGACAAGAAGAAUAGACAAGACAAGAACAAGACUUUUGACAAUCCAGAGUACUGGCAGCAUAGCCUUCCUCCCAAGGCCACCCUGCACAACCCUGAGUACUUGCAGGACUGCAGCACGCGCUUCUUCUACCGGCAGAACGGCCGCAUCCGGCCCGCCGUGGCCGAGAACCAGGAGUACCUGACAGAGUUCGCCCUGAAACCUGGGACCGUGCUGCCGCCCCCACCCUACAGACAGAGGAACACUGUGGUGUAACGGGGAGGAGGAUGAGGAGGAAAGAGGGUCUGGGCCAGGAAAGGUGGAAGACAAGGGGAGGAGGAGGGGAGGAUGGGAAGUCCCUCUCUCACUCAGCCACACAAUAUUUACGUAUCAAUCCUGGUUCCCUUCACCAGCACUGGACUGACACAUCUGAACUGACACUGGAUUACAGUAACAUUACAGUAAUAUUAUAUUAUAAGACAUAGUGCUGAGAGCCUCCCACCUUCUACGAACCCAGGACUGAUGUUCUCCUCUCUGUCUGUCUAUGUCCUCUACACUGGAUUACAGUAACAUUACACAGAAGUAAUACAGUAAUAUUACAGUAAUAUACACUGAAAGUUUUCACAGAUUCACCUGUAACCGAAUACCCGAGACCCGAUCCGAGACCCGAGAGGGGUCGGAUCCAGAAUUCUAAAUAAUGUCACGGGUCUGAGUCAGAUUUGAUAUGAUUGUCACGAGUCUCGGGUAUGUGUAAUUUUAACUAACUUGUCCAGAAGGACCCGUAAAGAUCCAAACGCGACUGCUGCAGAAGAGAGGGAGAGAGAGAAAUUGCGUAAUUUAUGCUGCUACUCUUGCUUUUCACGAGAGUAGUGCGUGUAGCUUGUUGUUGUUGUUGGCCAAUCAUAGGUCAUCAAAGCGGCAGUAGGCUACAGUCAUAGAGUCUCGUGUGGGGCAAAAGUUAGGAGAUAGCUAAUCAAUGGAAGUUGGAAUUAAAAUGACAGAAUUAAAAGUUCAAGGAAAAGGAUAGGCUACAACGACCAAGAGACAAUAGGUAGGCUGCUACUUUAUAUUCUAAACGGAGUCGUUGUUGUUUGUAACUGUGUAGGACAAGAAAGCGCAUGCAGCCUCAAUUAGCCUAGCUAGCUAGCUAGCUUAAGUAGCUGCUCUUGGUUGGAUGCACUCAAGACAGGUACUACGUAAUCAUAUUCAAUGAUAAAUAACCUAGCUUUGGCAGCUAUUAGUCUACUAUAGCGAGAGUUGGCUUGGUUGGUUGCCAUCUUUCGUCUCUCCCUCUUCCUCCGUUCUCCCUGUGUCACUUGCUCACAUUCACAGUAGCCUACACACACAACACGGCCCCUGCUAGAGCAUCACCUCUCUCUACCUUCUCUCCCUUGCGCUUUAUCAGCUCCGUUAAUAAAGUAGCUUAAAAAUGUACUUUUCUGCUGCUUCCCUCACUCGGAUUGGAUCAGACCGGGUCUGGAACCAACCAGGUUUAUACAGAACGGAUCUAGUUGUCCUCAGGUCCAUUUGGAAUGGGUCUCUAUAUUGAAAAAAAUAUAUUUAUGCAUAUUGGGUCCGGGUGGGAAAGCCCAGGUCCAUUUCAGAAUGUGUCCAACUUUUUGGACACGUCAAUACAUUUAAUAUAAACUACUGAGAGCCUCCCCCCACCCAAUAACCCAGGACUGGUUUGAUAAUUGACAGCCUCACCGGUCACUCUCAGCCCCAUUCUUAACUCCUCCUAUACCUCACCCAUUACUCACCCUCAGUCCCGCCCCUUCAGUGUUGAUUACAACAACAACAGAAGGCUAAGUGAAAGGUUACAUGUAAUGACAAACAGUGUCGGUCUCUGUAGAUGUGAACAGACAGGAUGAAGGCCAAGGAACAAGGAACUUGAAGCACUUACACUUACAGUAUAUUGUUUGCUCAUGAUCUCUAAUAUAUUAUUUUAUUACUAAUAAGAUUUGUGUAAGAACCAUGCAGUGAUUCACAAUCAAUACACUACACUGAAAGUCUUGGAGCAGCACAUUUUUCCAACUGGGUUAAAUGCAUAUUGUAGCAAUCCACCAUCCACACAUACAGUAAUGUCAUAGAUAGCCGUUGGUGUGCAGUAUAUCAGGUUCAUAUAGGAGAACACGCAUACAUCUGUGUAUACACUGCUGUUCCAUGACUGUCUCUCAAGCCCCAGCCACGCCAUACAUCUGUCACAUAAUGUGGAGGAUACAUUCCUGUCCGCUGACUGGCUGGCUGGCUGGCUGGCUGACUGGCUGGCUGGCUGACUGGCUGGCUGACUGGCUGG